GCGAGAUUUCCGGUUGCUAGGAUCACGAUGUCUCCUUAGCAACCUACCUGGGAUGUAGCUUUAGACACCAUUUCUCUCCGUUAAACAUAUUCCUAAAAUCUUUGAUCAGUAACUGCUUUAUCCUGGGGGUGGAACCGGAGCCUGUCCCAGAAACACGAGGCGUGAGAACUAAGUGCUAUGGCAGAAACGGCGGAGAGCAAGAAGGAGGAGGCAGAUUACAAGCGGCUGCACAGUUUCCCUCUGAUUAGGCACACAGACAUGCCGGAGGAAAUGAAGUUGGAGACGAUGGAGCUGUGUGUUACAGCGUGUGAGAAGUUUGCAGCCAACAACGAGAGUGCAGCCAGGAUGAUAAAGGAGUCGAUGGACAAGAAGUUUGGCAGCUCGUGGCACGUGGUGAUCGGCGAGGGCUUCGGUUUCGAGAUCACGCACGAGGUGAAGAACCUCCUGUACAUGUUCUUUGGGGGAAGUCUGGCUGUGUGCGUGUGGAAGUGCUCCUAACGCUCACGUUCUCUUCCUGAAGCACAAACCAACCACUGCUGGAGACAAAUCACAAAAUCCCUCCAUCCCUGAUCCCUUCACACACACACACACACAC